AAUAGCCUCUUUUGACCUUGUGCGUGCACGCACGUGUGCACACACCCCCACACACCCACACACAUGCAUUAAGGAGUUUUCGCUGGGUUUUUAUUUCAGCCGGUUGGUUGAGGUUUGGUUGUGUUUCUAUAGCAGGUAAUUUCUUAGCCCGGAGAGCGUGCCCUGAUCUGAGAACCAUGCCCACCAUCCAAUGCAGGUGACCUUGAGAUGGCAAUUGACUUCAGCGCAUGUGUUUCAGUGUGUCCAAUACCUUGAUGUUUUCAUCGAUGCUCCGGUAUACUCGUGAUUUGGCAUGAAUGGUCAGUUGUUCAAGCUAAAGAAUACUAGGGCCCAUAAAUUAGGGAGCUGUUUUUUGUGGGUUUUUUUUUUUGAUACAACAGAGCACCCUUUUGCCUAGCUAUCUGACUGUGGCUUUAGCUAGCUGAAGUAUUUUUUCUAGCUGGGUGCUAUCUCUUAACUUUUUGUCGCGCUUCAGUUCGCUGAAAGGAUGUUAAACAGUAUUCAGCUUGAAUCAGAGCUCAGGUAUUUGGUGCAUCCUGCAUCCUUAAUUUCACUGGUUUGCGAGACUGAACCAGAUGGGAGAAUGAAAGAGACCCUGUUAGAAGGAAGAUUUCUUUUCAAAAUUUGCAGUCUGUAUAUGUCUGUCCCACUCAGAUUUUUGAUGAAAAGGUUUGAUUUCUGUGCCCGUCCUGUAACACCGAAAAUCUGGAGACAAAGGUAGCUUGGCCAUGUACGUUAUGAAGGAAAUUUUGGAAGGCGAUGGAUGGGCCUUGCAUUGGGUGGUGUUCAAGGGUGAGAGUACAGAAUUGUGUUGAAGAAUAUAUUCCCCACCUUGGCUACUGGAACAUUGCCGCAGUGCUGAAAAGAUCCAGUUAUAAGCACUUAGCAUUGCGACAUUUUGUACUGAAAGUGGAGUGGCUAAAAUUGCUCUCCUGGGAGAGAGUAAGCCUAAAGCUGAAGUUUUUGUAUGUUGCUGUUGCACCAGAAUUGAAAUUGAGCACUUUCCCCAGCCCCGACUGUGGGGUCCCUGCUUAGGGUCUGAACUAGGGAAGUUUUGACUCAGAUCGGUUUAUAGAAGGUCAGUAAAUGAGCAACUAUACUCACCUUUAUUGUAAAGCAGUUUUUCACCCCCUAUAUCAGCUUCCCCCCAUAUGCACCUUGUAGGCAUUGUGUGCUGCUGCUUAAAUUAGCUCCUUUUUUCUACUUCAGAGAUUUCCUUCACCUGUGCUAUGAGACCCUCAUUCCUUUAUAUCUCUUGUAAAUCAGACAGCCGUUUCGCUUUACUGUGUCCUGCCUUGUUCCUCUGUCACCCUGACAAGCUGAAGACUUUUCAAGUUACUUAGUUAUAAGCAACUGCAUAAGAAGUUUUUCAAGCUAUGCAGUGAGGGCUCUAGUUACACAUGAACUUCUGACCUUAAUUUUUAAGCGUUCUCAAUCCCCACGUGCACUUUCUUUUCCAUGAUGCUUCUGUCCCAGUCACUGAGCUCCUUUAUAUUCUUGGAGUUGUGUACUUCUCUUCAUAUUUUACCUAGAUUGUGGGGUGGGGUAGGAUGGGGAGGAUAUGAAGUAUUAUUUCAUAAUUUUCAGGUUCAGGAUGUAGGAUCCACUCAGAGGAGACUGGUUCUGCAUCCAAGGUAAUGAUAAAAAUGGGAGGAUAUAAGACAAGUUAAUUAUUUGUGCCUCAUCCCCCUGCCAAAAAAUGUGCAUCUCGUGGCGUUGCUGAGAUGAGCAAUACGAAACAGACCAAGACUUGCUGUUUGUGACAGAGAAUCCGCAGUACCUGGCUGUGGGACCGUGGUACCCAUAACACAGAAGAAUGGGGAGAUGGCAGCCGUGUAACAUAAGAUGAUGCUUUUAUAAGCUAGAGCUUUACUGAAGAUGUAUUUUCCAUUUGGGUAGUGAAAGGCAUUUGCUGCCUUAUAGUGGAACUCUAAAGCCAACACUUAUGUAUGAUAUAUACAUACAUACGCAUAGGAGAAGUUGUGUUUAAUAAGAUAUUUUGUUAUAAAGCAAAGUUUUAUGAAGAUAUGGUUGUUUAAUAUUAGAAGCCUAUUUCUCCCAUUGACCUGUUUAAGUACAUUAUCCAUCAGUCGCUGGAUUGUUAGAGGUAAGCGACUGAUGCAGAUACAAAGAAAUAUCUGAUCUAAUUCUAUAGAGCAGUAAUUGCCUAUGUGGGUAUAUUUAUGACAUUGUAACUGGUAUUAAUGAGAUGCUGUAAUUAUUGACCAACUUUUUCAGCACAAUUAAAUGUCUCAGUUUCAGAGAAGGAAAUAAACAAGGUCAAUUAAAGAAUCGAAUGGGAUUUUGAAGAAGACCAAAUAUGUGCUUGUAAGUUUGUUUGCCUGCAAAAAAGUUACACUUGUCUGCAUACAGAAUGAUGGUGUCACCAUGCUGGCUCUGAGCUAUAAGUAAAUAAUGGUUUGAUUUACGGCGGAUCUGGUGGGAAACUGAAAAUGGAAAAGGAGAACACCUUCUGGCGUGCAAGGUUGACACGUGCUGCAUAGCCACGGGAGAUUUGGUGUUAACAUCUAAACUGGAUCCCCUGGUCUGUCCGGGUCUGCAGAAGUCACGGUACGAAUGUUGCAGUCUUGCUGCAUUGUGAGGGGAAGGUUAUUUUUGGCCAGCGUUGUAAAGCCAUUUACCUUCUCUGCAGCUAGCGGAGCGUGCGUUGGGCGAAAACCAAAAAUACCGUUUGGCUUCCGAGGAGGAAAAGGCAUGCCCCAAGGCCAGAGUGGGUCUCGCAUCCCGGCGCCUGACCUUUGACAGUAGGCAGAGUGGCACACCGCUAAUGCGGCAAAAUGUUCCAAAUCGGAUCGCUUUUCAUGCGUAACAGCUUUUGGAAAAGGCCCGUGGAGAUAAGAUGUGAGCCCUUGGGCGUGAGCUUACUGAGCCCCUUUGCAGGAGCACUUGGAGUCCCGCUCCACUGUGUGAAAAGUGAUUCUGAGCAGAACAGCCACAAACCCAGCUCCGACUAGCUGACGUUUCCAUCCAAAUCUACCUGAAGGGUGAGCUUUUGGGGAAGAAAGAAGCUUCUCUACCUCUCCGGGCCAGAAUCUGAUCUUUAGAUUAACCUGCUGGUUAUCAAUAGAGGCAAAAGUUGCGACUGCAACUCAACACUACUGGAGCCCUAAAGCAACCCUGAAGAAAACGGACUUUUCAAUUGCAAGAGCAAGGGGACUGAGACAUCGGUUUAGUCAUCAGCAAUAACUGGCAAAAGAGCAUGGAAAUGCAUUCUCCAUUCACAUAAUUUUUCCUCCUCUUCUACCAAGACUGGUGUAAAAUUUCAGACUUAAUUUCUCCUCUAGUCUACAAAACAGAACAAGUUAGCUGAAAGGAGAUUUUUCCAGCGUAACUGCGACUGGCGCACAGUGAAGCGCUGACCCGGUGUGGAAGCUGCCUUCCGCCGUGUUUUGCGCUUUGCAAGCUCCCAUUAAUCGGACUCAGGUGAUGAACAACCGAUCGUUGCUUAGAACCUGGGUGGCCCUUUCGGUCCUAAUUGCCCGGCACGAAGCGCACGCCAUGGCAGGUCUGUAUCCGUUCUGGCAGAAUGACACAAAAACGCCCAAAGUUGAUGAUGGAAGCUCUCCUGAGAUUAAGCUCUCCGUCCCGUUCAUCUUUUUUGGAGCCCCGUACAGAACUAUUUAUGUCAACAACAAUGGCGUGAUCUCCUUCAAUGUGCUAGUGAGCCAGUUUACCCCAGAAGCCUUCCCUCUCGCGGACGGCCGGGCCUUCCUCGCUCCGUUUUGGGCGGAUGUGCACAAUGGGAUCCGAGGAGAGAUCUACUACAGGGAGAGCACAGACCCCGAGCUGCUGAAGAGAGCCUCCAAAGACAUCCGCAAGUACUUCAAAGACAUGUCCUCUUUCUCUGCCAUCUGGGUCUUCAUCGCCACCUGGGAGGAAGUCACUUUCUACGGAGGGAGCAGCACGACUCCGGUGAACACUUUUCAAGCUGUUCUGGUCACAGACGGCGUGUCUUCCUUUGCCAUAUUUAACUACCAUGAAAUCAGCUGGACCACGGGGACAGCCAGCGGAGGGGAUCCCCUGACAGGACUUGGCGGUGUGAUGGCCCAGGCUGGAUUCAACGGAGGAAAUAUCACCAAUUUUUUCAGCCUGCCAGGUUCCAGAACCCCAGACAUAGUCAACAUUGAAGACACGACCAACGUUAACGUCCCUGGGCGCUGGGCUUUCAAAAUAGAUGGCAGAGAAAUAGAUCCAGCCCGCGGCUGCAGCCUGAGAGGGCAGUUUCUUCGUCAAGGAGAGAUCUUCUGGGACAACGCAAACUGCACCACCAAGUGCCGCUGCCUGGACUUCAACAACGAGGUCUUCUGCCAGGAGAUGGCUUGUGGCCCCUUUGAAGCGUGUGAGCCGAAGAUCAAGUUCUUCCAGUGCGUGCCCGUGGAGAGCAGCACCUGCGUGGUGUUUGGAGAUCCCCACUACCACACGUUCGACGGCUUCCUCUUUCACUUCCAGGGUUCCUGCUCCUACCUCCUUGCCAGGCAGUGCUGGCCAGGGUCCAAGCUGCCCUACUUCAACGUGGAGGCCAAGAACGAGAACCGAGGCGGCUCCUCCGUCUCCUGGCUGAGGGAUAUCUUUGUGGAGGCUUAUUCACACAAGAUUGUCCUCCCCAAGGGCAGCUUUGGGAAAGUAAAGGUCGAUGGCUUGGUGAUGUCCUUACCCGUCUCCUUGAAGCUGGGUGCAAUCAAAGUCUACCAGAGUGGCUUGUCUACAGCCUUGGAGACCGAUUUUGGCCUUUUAGUGACCUACGAUGGACAACACUAUGCUUCCAUCUCUGUUCCGGGCACGUACACCAAUGCGACAUGCGGUCUCUGUGGAAAUUACAACAAGGACCCCGAGGACGAUACCCUUCGCUCGGACGGGCGAUUAGCAGCAUCCGUGCUGGACCUGGGAGAGAGCUGGCGCGUGUACCACCCUGAGCGGAAGUGCUCCCCGGGCUGUUUGGAUAACUGCAGCCUCUGCGACGCCGCCUUGGAGUCUCUGUAUUUCACCUCCGAAUAUUGCGGCUUCAUCAACAAGAGCGGCGGCCCUCUGUGGGAGUGCAGCGCCGUCGUGGACCCCACAGCCUUCGUGCACAGCUGCGUCUACGACCUCUGCGGCUCCCGCAAUAACGGCACCGGCCUUUGUCAAGCCGUCCAAGCGUAUGCCCUGGUGUGCCAGGCCCUGGGCAUCCCCGUGGGAGACUGGCGGACCCCGACGGGAUGCGCGACAGCCAUGCAGUGCCCGGAGUUCAGCCACUACUCGGUCUGCACCAGCAGCUGCCCAGCCACGUGUUCGGACCUCACGGCCCCGCUGGCCUGUGGCUCCCCGUGCACCGAGGGCUGCGAGUGCGACGAAGGCCACGUCCUCAGCACGGACCAGUGCGUCCCCGUACAGAAGUGCGGCUGUGAUGUCGAUGGCCGAUACUACGCUGUCGGGGAGUCUUUCUGGGCUGCUGCGGACUGCACGGUGGAGUGCCAGUGCGAGGACGGCGGGGAGGCCAGGUGCUUUAAUACGACCUGCCAGGAAGGAGAGAUCUGUGCUAUUGAGAACGGCUACCAGGGCUGCUAUCCCAAGCGGGAAGCCCUGUGUUUCGUGGGGCAGAACCAGGUGCUGCAGACAUUUGAUGGUGUAGUGUUCCCCUAUCCGCUGGAACACUCCUACACGCUGCUGAAAACAUGCCCAGAGAGACCGGACUUCAUCGAAGUGGACAUCAGCCAAAAGAAGCCGGGAUCUGCUCCUAACGGGCUCCGUGCCGUGAGGAUCCAGGCCGUCAGCCAAGAGGUCAAGAUCGGAGGCACUAGCCCAGCAGAGAUCAAGGUGAACGGCUACGACGUGGAGCUGCCGUAUUCCCACCCUUCUGGCCGACUGGAAAUUUACCGUAGCCAAAACGGCACCGUGCUGGAGUCGGAGGGCCUCCUGAGCAUCCAGUACUAUGAUUCAGGCCUCCUGGAGAUACGCCUCUCCACUGCCUACUUCAACUGUACCGGAGGUCUGUGCGGCUUCUUCAACGGCAACAGCAGCGACGAGUUCUGCCUCCCCAACGGCAAGUGCACGGACAACCUAGAGCUCUUCUUGGAGAGCUGGACCACGUUCGACGAGAUCUGCAACGGCGAGUGCGGGGACCUCCUCAAGGCCUGCAGCAACGACUCGGAGCUGCUGAAGUACUACAGGAGCCGCUCCAAAUGUGGCAUCAUCAAUGACCCCACCAACAGCUCCUUCCUGGAGUGCCACAGCGUGGUCAAUGUCUCAGCCUACUACAGAACGUGCCUGUUUCGUCUGUGCCAGAGCGGAGGCAACCAGUCGGAGCUCUGCGACUCUGUCGCUCGCUACGCCAGCGCCUGCAAGAACGCAGAGGUGGACAUCGGCCAGUGGAGGAGCUACAGCUUUUGCCCUCUCACGUGCCCAGAGAACAGCCAUUUUGAGGAGUGCAUGACCUGCACUGAGACCUGCGAAACGCUGGCGACGGGCCCCGUCUGCAUGGACAGCUGCGCAGAAGGCUGCCAGUGCGAUGACGGCUUCGCUCUCCAAGGCACCCGCUGCGUUCCUCGCAGCGAGUGUGGCUGCAGUUUCGAGGGGCGCCAGCUGGCCACCAACCAGAGCUUUUGGAUGGACAUCUCCUGCCACUUUCUCUGCUACUGCAACGGCUCCGACAACAGCGUGUACUGCGAGAACGUCCCCUGCAAGGACGAUGAGUACUGCCUGGAGGAGAACGGCCUCUACUACUGCCGCGUCCGCACUGAUGCCUCCUGCAUCGUUUCUGGCUACGGACACUACCUGACUUUCGACGGCUUCUCUUUCGACUUCCAGAGCAGCUGCACUUUGGUCCUUUGCACCACGAUCUCCCGGCCAAGGUCGGAGAGAUCAGACACUUUCCCCACGUUCACCGUCACCGCCAAGAACGAGGACCGGGACCCGUCCCUGGCCCUGUGGGUGAAACAAGUGGAAGUGGAGGUCUUCAAUUACAACAUCGUCAUCCACCGUGCCUACAAAUACACAGUGCUGAUUAACAAUGAACGUCUCUACCUGCCUCUGAAGUUGGGCCAGGGGAAAGUGAACAUCUUUGCCUUUGGCUUUCACAUCGUGGUCGAGACCGACUUUGGGCUGAAGGUGGUGUACGACUGGAAGACCUUCCUCUCCGUCACUGUCCCGCGUAGCUUCCAGAACCUGACCUACGGUCUCUGCGGCCGCUACAACGGCAACCCCGAGGACGACCUGGUGGCCUCCAGCGGUCUGGCGGCGGCUGGCGUCACUGACUUUGGCCAGAGCUGGGUCAGGCGGGACACGUUCUGCCAGGUGGGCUGCGGUGACCGCUGCCCUGCCUGUGGGAAGGUGGAAGGCUUCUGGAAACCGCAGCAGCUGUGCAGCCUCAUCCCCAGCCAAAGCGGUGUCUUCGCAAAGUGCCACAGCAAGAUCAGCCCCGGCUUCUUCUACAAGAACUGUCUCUUCGAUACCUGCAUCGACGGGGGAGCCAUGCAGACAGCCUGCAGCUGGCUGCAGAAUUACGCCAGCACGUGCCAGACCCAGGGCAUCGCCAUCACCGGCUGGAGGAACUUCACCUCCUGCUCCGUCAGCUGUCCCCCCAACAGCCACUACGAGAGCUGCGUGUCCCUGUGCCAGCCCCGAUGUGCCGCCAUCCGCCUGAAAAGCGACUGCAGCCACUACUGCGUGGAGGGGUGCCAGUGCGACCCGGGGUAUGUCCUGAACGGCAAGAGCUGCAUCCUUCCCCACAACUGCGGCUGCUACUCGGACGGCAAAUACUACGAGCCCAAGCAGCUCUUCUGGAACAGCGACUGCACGCGCCGGUGCCGCUGCUUCCGGCGCAACCUCAUCCAGUGCGACCCGCGGCACUGCAAGUCCGACGAGGAGUGCGCGCUCCGCAACGGCGUCCGCGGCUGCUUCAGCACCAAGAGCUCCUUCUGCCUGGCGGCGGGGGGCGGCGUCUUCCGCACCUUCGACGGAGCCUUCCUGCGCUUCCCGGCCAACUGCGCCUUUGUCCUCUCCACCAUCUGCCAGAAGCUGCCCGACUUCUCCUUCCAGCUCAUCAUCAACUUUGACAAGUGGUCCUCACCCAACCUCACCAUCAUCUCCCCUGUUUAUUUCUACAUCAACGAGGAGCAGAUCCUUAUCAGCGACAGGAACACCGUCAAGGUGAACGGCAGCCAGGUGAGCGUCCCCUUUGUCACCGGGCUUUCCACCAAGAUCUACAGCCUGGAGGGCUUCCUGGUCAUCGACUCGAGCCCUGAUAUCCAGAUUCGCUACAAUGGCUUUAACGUCAUCAAAAUCACCAUCGGGGAGCGGCUGCAGAACAAGGUGUGCGGCCUUUGCGGCAACUUCAAUGGUGACCGGACGGACGACUACGUCACCCUGAGGGGGAAGCCCGUCGUCAGCAGCGUGGUGCUGGCCCAGAGCUGGAAAACCAACGGCAUGCAGAAGAGCUGUAACGAGCUGCAGUACUCUCAGUACGCUGCAUCCUGCGACAACGUCCAGAUCCAGAUGCUGCAAAGCGACAGCUACUGCCUGAAGCUGACGGACAUGAAAGGCUUCUUUCAGCCCUGCUACGGCCUGCUGGAUCCCCUGCCUUUCUAUGAGUCCUGCUUUCUAGACGGCUGCUAUAACCACAAGAAGUUCCAGCUCUGUGGCUCACUCGCUGCCUACGGAGAGGCCUGCCGCACCUUCGGCAUCUUGGGUACCGAAUGGAUCGAGAAGGAGAAUUGCUCAGGAGUGGUGGAAGACCCCUGUGUGGGCGCUGACUGUCCCAACCGAAGCUGCGAGCUGGACAACGGGGGGGAGCUGUGUGGCUGCAUCGAGCCUCCGCCCUACGGAAACAACACACAUGACAUCAUUGAUGCUGAGGUGACCUGCAAAGCUGCACAAAUGGAAGUGUCGAUCUCGAAAUGCAAGCUCUUUCAGCUGGGCUUCGAGCGAGAGGGGGUGCGUGUUAAUGACCGUCACUGCCCCGGCAUCGAAGGGGAGGAUUUCAUCUCCUUCCAGAUCAACAACACCAAGGGGAACUGCGGGAAUGUGGUGCAGUCUAACGGCACGCACAUCGUCUACAAGAACACGGUGUGGAUCGAAAGCGCGAACAACACAGGCAACAUCAUCACCCGGGACCGAACCAUCAACGUGGAGUUUUCCUGCGCCUACGAGCUGGAUAUAAAAAUCUCUCUGGAUUCUGUCGUGAGGCCAAUGUUGAGUGUGAUUAACCUGACGGUCCCGACCCAGGAAGGCACCUUCACGACCAAGAUGGCCCUAUAUAAAAAUUCAUCCUAUAAGCACCCCUAUCGCCAGGGCGAAGUCGUGCUGACCACCCGGGACGUGCUCUACGUGGGGGUCUUUGUCGUCGGAGCAGACUCGACCCACUUGAUCCUGACGCUGAACAAGUGCUACGCGACGCCCUCGCGGGACAGCAACGACAAGCUGCGCUACUUCAUCAUUGAGGGAGGGUGCCAAAACAUGAAGGACAACACCAUCGGCAUUGAGGAGAACGGGGUGUCAUUGACUUGUCGCUUCCACGUCACCGUCUUCAAGUUCAUCGGGGAUUACGAUGAAGUUCACCUCCACUGUGCCGUCUCGCUCUGCGACUCGGAAAAAUACUCCUGCAAAAUAAACUGCCCUCAGAAUAGCCGGAUGGCCAGGGAUUUCACCACAGAGCCCAAGGAGCAGAUCCUGUCAGUGGGGCCUAUUCGCCGGAAGCGGUCGGACUGGUGCGAAGACAACGGAGGGUGUGAACAGAUCUGCACGAGCAGAGCGGAUGGGCCUCUGUGCAGCUGCGUCACGGGGACGCUGCAAGGGGACGGCAAGAGCUGCAGAGCUUCCAGCUCUUCAGGGGAAUCCCGAGCCUGGGUCUCUGUCCUCACGGUCACCCAGCUGUUGCUGUGGCUUUGUAUGUAUAAAUGGGACUUGACCUCAUAAGGGAUGUGCGGCUUUGCUGCCCAGUCCGGUACUGUUGUUUCGUAAGUCUGAGUAUCUGUAGGAUAGGAGCAAGUGCCCCCAAGCAGCAAGCCGACCUCUGACUCACACCGCUGCCAGCGAUGGGGAAAGCAGGAGCAGAAGUCAAUUGGAAAAGCAGCAGGAUGCAGCCCGGGAAGGGCAGAUGAAGUGUCUGAAGUGCCAGAGAGGCAAUGGCACGGUGGAGUGUGAUGUUUUCUGGAGGGAUGCUGGACCUUGCUGUUUCUGUAGUUUCUUCCCAGGUUGUCUCUCGUGAUGGCCCCUGUAGUUUGUGUGGGGGGUGGUAGGGCUCUCUGCCCAGGAUGUCGGGGGCACUCGAGUGCCAGUUGGCAUCAGGGCCCAGGUGUUGUCUGUGACUGCAUUGUGGUGAGUCAGGCGGUGGCAGUGCUUUUGAGCGAGCAGAGUCAUCCUGAGGUAGGUGUCCCAGGGCAAGGUCUCGGUGCUUGCACGUGGGUUUGGGUCAUAAGUGUCUGAUGACACCUUGGAACUAGUUGGGAGCGGUUAGCUGCAGCAGGGCGUCCAUAACGCACAUGAUUGCAGGCCGUGUCCCCUCCUGUUGGGCCGGGGGGGGGGGGGGGGCACAUGUCUAAACUUUCGAAGCAAGGAGUCCAUCCAAAAUUGUGCAAAGUGCCUUCUCCCAGGGGUGGGUGCCUGUGGCUCCAUAAAAAGAGGUGCGGAGGGAAGCCCUGCUGUCACUGAGGGAUAGGAGCCACCACGGUGUCCUCAGUGGGGUCGGUCACGGGAAGAGUGAGAGCAGGUCCAGUUUCGGUGAGUCCGGCGGGAGAGUCGGGAGUUGGCUUGGUGCGUCGGUAGGCUUGGGCGGGGGGAUGGUUCUUUUGCUGACAUGUCUUGUGUUUGUACUCUGCGAACUGGCCGAGUGAGAAUAAAAUGUGUUGUAACCCUUCCUAAACUGUGUGGUCAUGUGUGGUGGUGUUGAUGCUGGGUCAGGCAGUCGGCGGGAGAAGGGCAGCGGGUGGGGGAUACAAAUUGCGAGGAGCCGUGUGCCGGGCGGUCGGCGUGGGGCACGGAGCCGAUGGCUCUGGGGGAGCGGAGGGGCAGGGACAGGGACCUCGGGUUUUGGUUGUGGCUUGCCGCUGUGCGGUGGAGGGUCUGGGUGGGAGAGGGGGGAAGAGGGAGGCAGUGGUCCUCUCCCUUUGGGUUGUGUGCACAUAUGGGGGGCAGGGACUUGAGGGUCUUACCUGUGUGCAGCCUAUUAAUGCUCUCUGCUUCCAUCCUUCUGGCUGUCCUUGGCAAUCCCUGCGGUGGAGAACUGGAGGAGGUCACCGAGCCCCAGGAGAGGAAUUGCAGCCGGGAAGGGUUCUUGCGGUCCGAGCGAGGAGCUGCAGCAUCGGUCGGUCAGAGUGAGGCAUCCCAGCGUUCGGAUCCCUGCAGGGAUGACAGCGCAGGAUGUGCAGAUGUGCCAGGAAGAUAUUUCAGUGUGGGCAGUAAUGGAAGCAACGUGCCACAUACCAGGACCCUGACAGCCUGCAGAAAGGAUUUGUGAGCAACACUUUGGAGCAUGCUGAAGGCUGUGUGAAGAAAGGAGGACUUGUCCACUUGCCUCAUGGAGAGACUAGAGAAUUUGUCAGUAUGACUGAAGGAGCGGCAGGAGGAGGAGGAAUGUAUCCAGUGCGAAGAAGCGGUCAGGAAGGCAUCCCUGGAGAGAUGGCAUCAGUCUUCUCGCCAUGUGGCUCUUGUGGCCCCAGCGGACUUAUCUAUGAUGUUUGGCGCGGUGGUGAAGGGUGUGUGUGGGGUCCUUUGGUGUGGGCUUGCAGUCUUGUCUAUAUCUGUGAAGAAAGAGGCCUGUCAAUAAAGGAUGGCUUUGUGCUGCAAAGGUA